AACCUCGACUACAGUGAAGCUGAAGACACUUUCAGAUGGCGCGUAGUGAAGCUGCUCGGAUCAGGAGGCUUUGGAGAUGUCUAUAAAGUUCAAAAAGAAUCGGCUAUGAAAACUGAAAUGGUAAUUGGUAACAGGCAAAUGUUGAGAUUAAAAAUAGAAGUGGUUGUGCUGAUGAAGUGCCACGAGCAGACGGACCCAGAUAGAAAAGGCCACUUUGUCGCAUUUGUCGACAGAGGGAAAACAGAAAAAUUUAAGUUUCUGGUGAUGGGCUUGGUGGGACCAUCAUUGGAGGACAUACGAAAGAAAGACUUGGUGAGGAAUUACUCGAAAGCGACGGCAAUGCAGUGUUGUAUACAGACCAUGACAGCCUUACGUGAUCUACACGGCAUUGGAUAUUUACAUCGGUACGAUAUAAAACCACAAAACUAUGCCAUCGGACUAGGUCCAAAAGAAUCAACCAUUUAUAUGCUCGAUUUCGGAAUUGCGAGAAAAUUCACGGAAGGAGAAACCAAGAAAGUGCAUUUUCUCGGAACUUUGAGAUUUGCAUCACGGGCAUGCCACAAGCAAAUAGAGCAGGGACGCAAAGACGAUCUGGAAUGCUGGCUGUAUAUGGUAUGUUUUGACUUAUUUGAUGACGACAAGGGCUUGCCAUGGAAACGAUGUGAACGCAAUGAAAUACUUGCAAUGAAACAAAAGUUCUUCAAACUGGAAAAUUUCAAGCGAAUUGUUCAAUACAUUGAUGGGCUGAACUACGCCGAUGAGCCCGAUUAUGUGUCAGUAAUGAGGUUUCCAUCUUUCGAACGAGCAGAUCUCCAGCAAGGCUCACUGAAAAGCGACGAGACAUCUACUGACAAUAAACAAGAGGAGACUGGUUCAGGAGAAAAAGAGGAAGAAUCGAAAGGGAGGAGCAGAUUGUAUGUGUUGUAUUGUUUUUGA